AUGUCCAUCCGACUCCCAAAAACGAACGUGAAGGGCUGCAUUCGACCGGGUCGGGCCGAACGCAUGAAGGGGCGACCGAUUGCGGUGAUCGGUCGCCCGCGGGCCGCAAGGAAACGGACCCUAAAAGUCAUUUUGGGUCGCGGCAUUCGUCUUCAUUUCCGAAAUAUAAUCAUCUUGGGUAGUUUGUUGCUGGGCAAGAUGCCAUAUGAGCUGAAUGAGCAAAAAAAAAUUGGUCUCGGUCUUGUUGGGUUUGGUAUAUUCUUCUUCUUCUUGGCCAUAAUUUUAUUUUUUGACAGAGGAUUGCUAGCUCUUGGAAAUAUAUUCUGGCUAGCAGGUGUAGCCAUUUUACUGGGUUGGCGAUCCACUUGGCAACUCUUCACAAAUAGAAGAAACUAUAAGGGUUCAGUUUCAUUUCUCCUUGGAAUAUUCUUUAUCUUUGUCCGUUGGCCAGUAGUUGGUAUACUUGUUGAAAUUUAUGGUUGCUUUGUGCUUUUUGGUGGUUUCUGGCCUUCAAUCAAGGUGUUUCUUUAUCAUAUUCCGGUACUUGGCUGGAUUUUACAGUAUCCUGUGCAGCUUCUUAAUCAGUUCAGAAGAAGCACUGGUUGA